GGAGCGGCGGUAACGUCCUGCCUCCCCGCGCCUUGCUGCCGCUGAGCAAGUUUUUGCGCACACACGCAGCUCCGCGCAUCUGGUCGUCAUCAUCAUCAUCAUCAUCAUCAUCGGCAGCAGCAGCAGCAGCGGCAGCGGCAGCUCUUCCUGCUCAGAUGUGCCUCAACCGUAGUGGGAAGAGAACUCCCUUCUCCUCAGAGGACUUCUGCGAAACGCGUCUGUGAGACUUCUCCCUCCGAGGCAGCAGGACACGCCGGCGUUGACGCGCGCCGCCGGAUGGAUUGUCUGUGAGGGGUUUGAUCGCGAGGUGGAGGCGGGCGGGCUGGCGGGGGGAGAAGCAGGCGAGGAGACGCCGCUGAAGUUUGUUCGAGUCCCGCUCGACUGAUCUGGAUGUGAAUAGAUCCGCGUUGCGCCUCGGAAGAGCCGAGUGUGUCUCGGUCUGCUUUGUGGAGCUCGUGCGCUCUACACACGCGGAUCUUUUUUUUUUUUUUGGCUCGCUUGUUGAUUCCUCGCUUUCUGUUUCUCAUCAGAGCCGCGGGUUUCUUUUUUUUUUCUCCCCCCUUUUUUUUUUUUUACGUUGUUCCCCCCACUUGCGUCAUGACUUCCAGCUAUGCGCACGUAAUGGACAGGCAAGCCUCGCUAUCAAACCGCCUGGAGAGUCCGAUCACGUCGAACCUGGACAACCUGCAAGCCAAAAAGAACUUCUCGGUCAGCCACCUGUUGGACCUGGAAGAGGCCGGGGAAAUGGUGGGCAGCCAGGCCGACGAGAGCGUCGGAGAGGCGGGGAGGAGUAUGCUGGAGUCCCCGGGGCUGACGAGCGGCAGCGACACGACCCAGCAGGAGAAUGAACAGAUGAACACGGAGGAGAAGAAGAAGAGGAAGCAGCGCAGGAACAGGACCACCUUCAACAGCAGCCAGCUCCAGGCUCUGGAGAGAGUGUUCGAGAGGACACACUACCCGGACGCCUUCGUCCGAGAGGACCUGGCCCGCCGGGUCAACCUCACCGAGGCCCGAGUGCAGGUUUGGUUUCAGAACAGGAGAGCCAAGUUCCGCAGGAAUGAGCGCGCCAUGCUGGCCAGCAAAAACGCCUCGCUCCUCAAAUCGUACUCCGGAGACGUGACGGCGGUGGAGCAGCCCAUCGUACCGCGCCCGGCGCCGCGCCCAAACGACUACCUGUCCUGGGGCAGCGCUGCCCCUUACAGUCCCAUCGCUCCCCUCUGUCAGCAUGAGCAGGGCGGGACCAGAUCCUGUGACCCUCCUGACGAGCUGGUAUCCGAUGCCGGAGGGAGGGCCGGUGCGAGUGCCACAGAAAAUGCUGCCCUCAGAGAACAACGCCAUGGCCACCUACCCGCCCACAUGCUCCAACACCAACGCGUCCCAGGGCAUGAACAUGGCCAACAGCAUCGCCAACCUGCGGCUCAAAGCCAAGGAGUACAGCUUGAACCAGGUGCCCACGGUAAACUGAGAGGGGGAGCGGAUGGUGACUGGCGCAGGAGGGGAGGGGAACCCCCCUGCCACUGGACCCCCGCGGACGGACACGGUCUGUGGGUUGAGCAUCACCUCGCAUACCCCGGAUCAUGAAGCCCCCCGCCUCCCCCGUCCCCCCCAGCCCCCGUCCCCCGUCCGUCUCUGGAGCAGGCUCGGUGGCGAUACUACACCUUAUAUGCAAAUUGUUGGACACUGAGUGACGGAAGGACCCCCCCCCCCCUCACCCCCUCCCCCCUCAACUUUUUUUUUUAUUCUCCUGAGCAUCACAAACCCCGGUUUGUACAAAAAGACAGCUAGACUGGAUGCUAUAGUCGCAUAUCUGCAUAGUUUUACAUUUGUGGUGUGGAGGGCGAGUUUUUCGACGAUGGUAUUGCGUCCAAUCAGAGGACUUGUUCUUGAUGGAGAGCCACGUACGGACGACGUGGAAUCCCUUCGUGCCGUCGGCUGUGGUGUCGGAUGAAAUGACACACCAAAUGUGGGAUCAACACACUUUUUUUUAAAAGCCGACAACAAAACCGAUAAGGACUUUCUCUGACAUUUAUGCAAUUCUUUAAACAGAGAGAGUUCAUUUUUUUCACAUUUCUUUCCAUGUUAUACCACUGAGCAGCAAACAAUUUCAACGCAUUUACAUUUCCAUGUAAUAGUCCAAUAUAAAGGAGAGGCUAAUGUAUUUCUAAAUCCAAAACCAUCUCUUAAUUUCCUAUGAUAUCAUUUAUUUGUAACAGAAUAAAAACUUGUAUAUUAAUAAAAAUGCAUUUCAAGCAAUG